AUGGUUAUGAAGAGUGCAUCCUCGCCAGUUGUUGCAAAAAAAGACAAAAAUGAUAAUUUUAUGUUUGCGCCUUUUCAAAUUACGUCAGGGCGAGAGUUUGCUGCACGUGUAACCGAGAAAUUAGCUGAUAAUAUCUACCUGAUGAGAGAUACGGAACAAUUGGCUAUUUUAUACCAGUAUGUGGUACGUCCAAUAAAACGUUUAUCGCCGUCAAUGUAUCUUUGUGGUUAUCCUGAAGUGGCGUGCAUUGCUCGCGUUGCACGACCAUGUAAUUUACCUAGAGUGAGUCGCUCUCGGCUUUACAGAGCAUUGGCUAGUCAAUUCAAUACGGAAGAUGGGACAUGUUCAGCUUUCCUUGUUGAUUAUGGACAACACGUUGUUUGCGAUUCCUUUGCAAUAUACGAUCUUUGUGGACAACCAUCAGAUGUACUGAAAAUACCAAUAGCAGCAUUCAAAUUUGGGAUCAUAAAAGAACAAAGUCAAAGUUUGCAAAAUCUGGAAGUCGAUAAGGAAUACGUUGUAUGCAUAACAACAUUUGCUGAUGAUGGCAUUUAUUGGGGGAAAGUUGUGCAAGGAACACAACCUUUGGCAACACAAAAAACUCAUGCUGCUACAAAUAUGGAUGAUAUCUAUUGUGAUGAGAUUGACGAUAUGACUAUACCGUCGAUUGAACAAUCGAUCAAAAUUUCAGAAGAAAAAUUGCGCGAAAAAAACGAGAGACUACAAAUUGAAAGGGAAUUGCUUGAGAUGAGAAAAUCAAAAUUUGAGCAAGAUUGGACAUUACAAACUCUGCAGUUGCAAUUUGCUACCGUUUUGAAAAGAUUGAACACAAUAUCGAUGCCUUUUGCUCCUGCCUCAGCUAAUACCUGCAAUUCAUUUCCGAAUCUCACAUCUUUACCAGUACAAACUGAAAAUGGCUUAAAUCCUAAUACGAGUAAUUGGAAUCCAUACUCUUCAUUCCCUGUAUGUCAGGACUGGGCACAGGCUGGAACAAUAAAUCCGUCACUAUGUGCUACUUUACCGAACAAUUUAUCGUUUAAUCCAGUGGCAGUUCAGCAACUACCUCCAGUAUAUCCAAAUCAACAUGAAAGGAAUAUGCAUACUCGUGCUACGACUCAAAUAAUGAAUCCCUGUUCAAUGUAUCCUAAUGCUGGCGAUUUUUUUGAAACAUUUAAUCAUUCAGUACCAUUGAAUACUCGAGAAAGCACACAACCAUCAUCGCCCACCUCAACUUUGGCUUCGCAGAAUGCAGGAAUUUGCCAUUUUCGACCUAGCGAUAGCGAAAUAUCAGCAAUGGUUAAUGGGGAUUUAAACAAUAACUUUCAGCAACAAGAAUAUAAGCCGAAGCCAAAGCAGACUCUGUCACGCAAAACACAGUAUGGUCAACCACCGACUUAUGUUCUGAACGAGUACUACAGUAUGACUGGCUUGAAAACAUCAACUGGUAUACAACAGCAGACAUCAACAAAACAACAACAUGAGUUUACAAAUGAUUUAGCGGGCAGAGGAUACGCUAUCCAACAUAUUGAAAAAAAAUCAGAAAAGGGUGAUCGAUUAAAUUCUAAUGGCGCUGGAUAUUUUUCACCAGAACCUAUUUCACUUUAUGAUAUGCAAGAGAAAGCAUUAUACAUACAUCGUUCACGUGAUAGAAAUGGUUAUCUGAUGCAAGAAACAGAACGACAGUAUGCACCAGCAAUCUCGCAUUGCGUACCAGUAAUAUCGCAAUGCGCACCAGUGAUAUCGCAGUGUGCACCAGCAGUAUCGCAGUGCGCACCAAUAAUGUCGCAGUGUGCACCAAUAAUGUCGCAGUGUGCACCAACAGUAUCGCAGUGCGCACCAAUAAUGUCGCAGUGUGCACCAACAGUAUCGCAGUGUGCACCAACAGUAUCGCAGUGUGCACCAACAGUAUCGCUGUGUGCACCAAUACUGUCGCAGUAUGCACCAGCAGCAUCGCAGUGCGCACCAAUAAUAUCGCAGUGCGCACCAAUAAUGUCGCAGUGUGCACCAACAGUAUCACAAUGCGCACCAAUGAUAUCGCAGUGUGCACCAACAGUAUCGCAGUGUGCACCAAUACUGUCGCAGUAUGCACCAGCAGCAUCGCAGUGCGCACCAAUAAUGUCGCAGUGCGCACCAGCAAUUUCGAAUUUUAGAAAUGCUACAAUAUGUGGUGCUUUAGAUGAGGAUGAAGAUAAUCAAAACGUGGCCAACCUUAAGGCGGAUGAUUUGUCAGCGUUUAAAUUCAGUGACCACUAUUUGAUUAAAUCCCUAAAAUAUGAGUCCUAUGUGCCAUAUAUAGAAGUGGUUGAACAGGCAGUAUAUACUGUAAAAAGAAGCGAUGAUGAUUGGUCAAAUCAAAAUUGGCCACUAUUCUUUGUGCAAAUUCAGGAAGAUAAGCUAUUGGAUAUUAUUGAUCAGUAUUUGGAUUGUUUGACAGCUGUUGAACCAUUACCAAGAAAAGAUAUCAAACUUGGAACUCUUUGCGUUUCAUAUUGUCAUGCAUUUCAAGCAAUGUUUCGUGCAGUAAUUACAGCAAUAUACGAUACGAAUGUAGAAGUGCAUUAUAUUGAUUAUGGUAAUUAUGAGAGGGUUACUUAUAAUGAUCUUCAUUCAAUCGAUGAUUUGCCUGAAAUAACAAAAAAGCAUCCUGCUAUGGGAAUUCCAUGCUUACUGGUAAAUGUGGAUAAUAUCAAUACAGGCUUGAAUAUUUACACGGAUAAUAGCCUAUUACAUUUUAUGAAUGCUGUUUCAUGUGAAAAACCGUUUUUCAAAUUGAAAUUUCUUCGUAAACGAACUGAUAAUGUGAUGGUUGUCGAGUUGAUAGAUGAUAAUGGUAACUCGUAA